UUGCUAAUUGUGAAUUGUGACACUUGUGACAACUCAGCACAACUCGUUGUCGGUGAUCGAAUUGUGUGGAGUCAUUUAAAUAAUUGUUUACAUAAUACAGCUUUCAAGUGACACAUAUUCAAAAUGAAUAGCUCGACAGACCCAAGGCGACCGGAUAAAGAAGUUCGCUACAAGCCACCGGGUUCAAAUAAUCAGUUACAUAUGCAGGACGACAUGACUCCAGAAUACAUGAACGUCAUAGGAAUGAUAUUUAGCAUGUGCGGCUUAAUGAUGAGAUUGAAGUGGUGUUCCUGGGUAGCACUCUACUGUUCCUGCAUCAGCUUUGCCAAUACGCGAGUGAGCGAAGACGCCAAGCAAAUCCUCAGUUGCUUCAUGCUGUCGAUAUCGGCAGUAGUGAUGUCUUACUUGCAAAAUCCACAGCCUAUGAUACCACCAUGGGCAAGCGCUAUGCAGUAAAUUUUUGUAUAAAUCUAAUGUUUUGCACAGCUUAUCUUAUUAACAAACUAUUUUUGUCUUAUACAUGAGUGCAAGAAAAUUUCAACAGUUAAAAUAGAAUAAUGUUUAUAUUAGAA